AAAAAAAACCGAAGACAAAUCGUUAAAGAAUCAACAGCUUGGAGUAAAAACAUAAUGUGAGAAACAGAUAGAGAGAGAUUCGAGCUAAAAGAGAGAGUGCUAAAAAGUUCAAAAAUUUGUGUAUACCGGUUGUGUACUAUUGCUCAAUUUUCUUCACAUUCUCAGUUAAAUUCUCAUUCGCAGAGCAACACUCGAGGAAUGAAGAACGUUUCUUCAAUUUUGUGACCAUAAAAGUGUUAAAUUAGAAAAAUAAUCAGAACAAGCAUUUAAAAAAGUAAAAAAAGAGUUUCAUAAAAUUAUAGAAUUGAACUGAAAUAUUUUUGUGAAUUGAAAUUUUAGAAAUAAGUUCAAAAAGUUGAUGAAAUUAUAAAUAAAGAAUUAAGCAAGGUGUUUCAUUGUAUAUUUCAACAGCAGUGGAAGCCAAAAGUUAAAUGUGUAGAUGAGAAGAUAAAAGAAUAAGAUCAAAAGAAAAAGAAUAUUAUUUAUGUGAAUGUGUUUGUGUUAAAAAAAAAUUCUCAACUCAGCUUUUAAACUCAGCGACUUUGAAGAAAAGUUUUCAAAGACAAAAAAAAAAAGGAACCAGCCACAACUUUAUUGGAUUAAUAACUGUUUUUUAAGAAUUUUCCUUCACAACAGAGGGCAGAAAAAGGAAUGUCAUAAAUCAUAGCAGUAACAAGAAGUCACCAGAACAAAACUUUCAAAUUUACAAUGAAUGGAGAAAAAGUUCUCAUGAAGAAACAAUAAAAAUGUUGCGGUUAUAAAUUGAAUGGUUGGCAAUUUGAGGCUUCAUAGUAGUAGCAGAGAAAUUUUUAUAUGCAUUUUUUAAGCCAAAAUUGUCAGUGCCAUUUGAUUAAAUUCUCUUAACUAAUCCACACAUAUACACGAAAUAUAAAAGGAGAGCAUAUUUCACACUUUUAACAUUCACUCGACCGAAUGUAUCGUCAUCAAGUGCAAUAUUGUAUGAGAAAUAAAAAAGAAGAAAAUGCCAGUCACGUAUAAAUAUCGUUCUGGCAACGGUCCAAUAAAAUUGUUAAUCACCAAUCUAUUUGCAUUGAUAAUCAUAUUAUCAACCUGUGUUAUACAUCAUGCCUCAUCGUAUUUAGUUAUAAUUGAUGAACAAACUCCCGCAAAUACAAUAAUUUUUAAUGCAUCAGUUAAUAAACUUGGCUCUGACCGGCACUACAAAAUAAAUACAGAUAAGAAUGGCGGUUACGUUCAUCGACUAUUUCACAUAAAUUCUAAAAAUGGACAAAUAAAAUUACGAAAACAACUCAAAUGUGACGGCAAUGAAUAUCCGAAUUUAUUUACAUUUUAUACGGAUUCGGUGUCGAAUCAUUUGAGGACAGUAAAUUACUAUGGCUUGCCAGUUAGGAUAUUUAUAAAUGGUAUAAAUUGCAAUGAUGAUGGCAAUAAUCAUGAAAUGUAUUCUCAUUAUGAGAAUGAUGACGAUGAUAGUUCUAUAUUUCCAAGCUUUUUGAGACGUAAAAGAACUUUAGAUGAAGAUGUGAACGAUGAUAUUGCUGAAAAUAUUGAUAUGCAGCAACGAAUAUUUCGAGUAAAUAAUUUUCAUCAUAAUCUUCGAGAUUAUCCAUUCAUAUUUCCUCAUAAUGAGACUCAUACAGAUUACAAGAAUUUUCAAGAAGGCGACAUUUUGUUUGAUUCAGUGGAAAAUAAUUUCCGACGCCACUUGAUACUUAAUCGCAAAAGACGAUUUGUGAUAAAAAAUGAGGAUAGAUUUCAUAUGAAAAUAUCUGAUGCAAAACAGUGGAUAUCUGAAACUUAUGCAUCAUAUGCGAUUCACUCAACUGACAAAUUUGAUAAAAUUUGCUUGAAGAAAUCACAAGUCAUUAAUAAUCUAAAUGCUUUCUUGCCAAAAACAAUACAGCAACAUUGCAAAGCAACGUUCUUAGAUGUAAGGGAUGAAAGAUUUAAAAUCGAACGACAAAAUGGUGAUAUGGUUGCAAGUCGCGACUUUUGUAUUUAUGAACCAUCUUGGUCAGUUACGAUUAUUUUUUCAACCAAAUGCACAAAACCAGAGAUUCUUGAUGCUGAACAUCGUCUUAAAAUAAUGUACCAUCAUCAAGAAUUAAAUGAUACCGACAUUGCCAGAAGAAUAAAACGUGAAUUAAAAAAUCAAAACCCUUCAUUUGAACAACAGCAUUAUAUUGCAACUGUACUUGAAGAACAACUUUCAGGUGUCAAAGUAACAACUGUGCAAGCACGUGAUCCCGAGGAUUCUCCUGUUGUAUACUCAAUGAUAUCACCAUCAGAUUCUCGUUCACAAACAAUGUUUAAAAUAGAUUCAAAAUCUGGAAUUGUGACAACAUCAGCUACUUUAGAUCGCGAAUUAAUCAGUAUGCAUUAUUUCCGAGUCAUUGCAACAGAUGACAGUUAUCCACCAAGAACUGGGACAGCAAUUCUUCAAAUUAACGUUCUAGAUUGUAAUGAUCAUCCACCGAAAUUUGAAACCGAACAGUUUGACACUACAGUAAGCGAGGGAGUAUCAAUAGGUACUACUGUUCUUACUUUACGUGCUACAGAUCUUGAUAGUGGUAAAAAUUCUGAAAUUGAAUAUCAUAUUGAUAGUGUGUCAGGUGGUGGAUUAACUUCAGCUGAACAUGAUGCACAGACAUUUAAGAUUGAUGGACGAACAGGAAUUAUAACGACUCGAAGUCAACUUGAUCGUGAAACCUCUGAAGUUUACACACUCAUUGUGACGGCAAAUGAUCUUGCAUCGCCAAUAAGUGAGAGAAAAACCGCAACAGCAUCUGUUGUGAUUCGCAUAGCCGACGAAAACGAUCAUUAUCCACAAUUUAGUGAGAGACAUUAUACAGUUGAUGUGUCAGAAGACGAUUCAAAUGGAAAUAAUGUAAUUGCACAUAUACAGGCAACGGAUGCAGAUAAAGGGAACAAUGCAGCAAUUCGAUAUUCAAUCGUUGGCGGUAAUCCAAAAUCAGAAUUUGCAAUUGACUCUAUGAGUGGUGAGGUGACGCUAACAAAACCAUUAGAUUAUGAAACAAUGAAAAGUUAUAGACUUGUCGUGCGUGCUCAAGAUGGUGGAACUCCACCAAAAACAAAUACGACAACAUUAUCAGUUAACGUAAUCGAUGCUAAUGACAAUGCACCGAGAUUUUAUUCAUCACAGAUACAAGAAACUGUACUUGAAAGUGUCUCUGUUGGGCAUAAUAUUGUAAGAGUACAAGCUUAUGAUUCUGAUGAAGGUGCAAAUUCGGAAAUAACAUAUAGCAUAACAGAACGUGAUGGAAAUUUCCCAUUUGCCGUUGAUACUCGAACGGGUCAAAUUCAUACAACAAAACCGCUAGAUAGAGAAGAAAAACAUCGAUACUCAUUCCAAGUAGUAGCUCUUGAUGGAGGCAUUCCACCAAAAUCGGGAUCUACCACAAUACAAAUUACAGUACAAGAUGUUAAUGAUAAUAAUCCAAUGUUUAAUCCAAAAUAUUAUGAAGCUAUAAUAUCGGAAGAUCAAAAACCAGGUACACCAGUAACGACUGUAUCAGCCACUGAUCCGGAUGAGGAUUCUCGACUUCAUUAUGAUAUAAAAUCAGGAAAUUUAAGAAACCGUUUUUCAAUUUCAACUCAAAAUGGCCUUGGAUUGAUUACGAUUGCACAACCUUUAGAUUACAAACUUGAAAAGCGUUUCAUUUUGACUGUAACAGCUACAGAUUCUGGUGGAAAAAUUGAUACAGCAACAGUUAAUAUUAAUAUAACAGAUGCAAAUAAUUUUCCACCCGUUUUUGAAAAUGCACCAUAUACAGCAUCAGUUCUAGAAGAUGCUCCAAUUGGAACUACUGUUUUGAUUGUUACUGCAACUGAUGCUGAUGUCGGUAUAAAUGCUCAAAUCACAUAUUCUAUGUCAAAUGAUGAAACGUCAACAGGCAUGAGUGCCAUUGAGACUUUUGCAAUCAAUCCACAAACAGGUGCAAUAACAACUAAAACUCCAUUAGAUCGAGAGACAACAAGUGGUUAUUCACUGACGGUUACAGCAAAAGAUGGUGGGAAUCCAUCACAUAGCGAGACGACAAUUGUAGAAAUUUCGGUUGUUGAUGUUAAUGACAAUAAGCCAGAAUUUAAUGCUCCAAUUUAUCAUUCUACAAUAUCCGAGGAUGCUUUAAUAGGAACAUCUGUUAUUCAAGUUUCAGCAUCUGAUAGAGAUGAAGAGGAUAAUCGAUUAUUAAAAUACAUGUUGAGUGACAAAGAUGUUAAGGAUGGUUCAUUUAUUAUUGAUUCUUCUUCAGGCGUAAUAAGAACGAAUCGUGGAUUAGAUCGUGAAACUAUUGCUGUAUAUCAUUUGAAUGUCAUCGCAGUUGAUAAAGGUUCACCGCCAUUAAGCUCAACGGUAGAAGUUCAAGUAAAAUUAGAUGACGUCAAUGAUUCUCCUCCUACAUUUCCAUCAGACAGAAUAAAAUUUUAUAUAAAAGAAAAUUCACCAAUUGGAAGCACGGUUGGAUUAAUUAAAGCUGAAGAUCCUGACGAAGGUAUAAAUGCUGAAGUUCAUUAUGCCAUUUUAAGUGGACAAGACGCAAGCUCAUUUCAUUUAAUAACAAAACCUGGUGUAAAUGGAGCAAGAAUUAUAACAAAUGUUGAUCUCGAUUAUGAAUCUCCUCAAAAACGUUUCGAACUUGUCAUUCGAGCAUCAUCACCGCCAUUGAGAAAUGAUGUUCAUGUAGAAAUUCUCGUAACGGAUGCGAAUGAUAAUCAACCAGUUUUAAAAGACUUUCACGUCAUAUUUAAUAAUUUCCGUGAUCAUUUCCCAAGUGGGAUUAUUGGACGCGUGCCUGCAUUUGAUGCCGACGUUAAUGAUAAUUUAACAUAUAGAAUCUUGUCUGGAAAUAAUGCUAAUUUAAUCAGACUCAAUCCAAACACGGGGCAAAUUACACUAAGUCCACAACUUAACACAAAUGUACCUAAAUCAGCAACCAUGGAAGUAUCUGUAAACGAUGGAAUUAAUGAAAUUAAAGCUUCAAUGCAUCUUAUUGUACGACUUGUUUCCGAUGAUAUGCUUUUUAACUCUGUUACAAUUCGAUUGAAUGAGAUGACAGCUGAAGCCUUUUUAUCACCUCUCUUAAACUACUUCCUUGAUGGAUUGGCGGCUGUUAUUCCAUGUCCACGUGAAAAUAUUUAUAUGUUUUCAAUACAAGAAGAUACAGAUGUAGUAGCACGUGUUUUGAAUAUCAGUUUUGCAGCUCGAAGACCAGAUGUAGCGCAUGAAGAGUUCUACUCAACACAAUAUCUUCAAGAACGUGUAUAUCUUAAUAGAGCAAUUUUAGCACGCCUUGCAAAUGUUGAGGUUCUUCCAUUUGAUGAUAAUUUAUGCGUUCGCGAGCCAUGCUUAAAUUUUGAACAAUGUCUAACAGUUUCGAAAUUCGGAAAUGCAACAGAUUUUACUCAUAGUGACACUGUUUUAUUCCGAUCAAUUCAACCUGUCAACACAUUUGCAUGUAAUUGUCCAGAAGGAUUCACUGGCGGAACAGAAGCCUAUUUAUGUGAUUCAGAAGUGAAUUUGUGCUAUUCUGAUCCAUGUCAAAAUGGAGGAACAUGUAAGCAAAAGGAAAACGGUUAUACAUGCAUUUGUAAAAAUGAAUUUACUGGAAAUAACUGUGAGAAAAAAUUAAAGGCUGCGCCAACAUGCUUCAAUGAGAUCUGUGAAAGUGGCUAUUCAUGUUCAAAUGCAUCACCCUAUGGCGAAAAUUUCAAUCUUCCAUUCACACCAACUUGUGAAUUAAAAACUCGUUCGUUCUCAUCAAAUUCCUUCUUGACUUUCGACAGUCUAAAGCAACGUCAUAGAUUUAAUAUUAAACUUAAAUUUGCAACGAUUAAUGACAAUGGUUUAUUAUUGUACAAUGGACGAUAUAAUGAUCUACAUGAUUUUAUUGCUCUCGAAUUGAUUGACGGUCGUGCGACAUUCUCAUUUUCAUUGGGCGAUAAAAUUCAAAAAGUUUUUGUAACACGUAAAAAUAAAUUGUCAGAUGGUGAAUGGCAUACAGUUGAAAUUAUAUACUUUAAUCGUACCGCUACUCUCAUUAUUGAUGAAUGUGAUGUUGCUUUAGCGCUGAGUGGAAAUCUUGGCGAAAAAUGGUCAUGUGCAAAUCAAACAACACUUGAGUUGGACAAAAAAUGUUCAUUAUUUGCUGAAAACUGUCAUCGUUUGUUGGACUUGACUGGUCCACUUCAACUGGGAGGACUUCCUCGUAUUCCUGCUCAUUUUCAGAUUCAAUCACAAGAUUACGUCGGUUGCAUAUCUGAUUUAGAAAUUGACUAUAAAUUUAUUGAUAUGAACUCAUUUGUUGCCGAUAAUGGAACAGUUUCUGGUUGCCCCGAGAAAAAAUCUCUUUGUAGCACCAAUAGUCCAUGUUUCAACGGCGCAACAUGCCAUGAUGGAUGGAAUGCAUUUACUUGCAAAUGUCGCGAUAAUUUUACUGGAAAUGUAUGUCAGGAAAAUGUUGAAUCAUCAUGGAGAUUUGCUGGCAAUGGUUAUGUCAGCUUCAAUGCAAUCGUUAAGCACAUUCAGCUUCCAUGGUUGAAUGCAUUAUCAGUUCGUACACGACAGAGAGACGCCUUUCUUUUGCAAAUAGUUGUUGAUCAAAAUAGUUCUGCUAUUAUUAGUUUAAAGAAUGGAGUUCUUUAUUAUACAUUUGAUUCGGAAUCGAUGUAUUUACCAGGAAGCUUCCUUUCAGAUGGAGAAUGGCAUAGAAUUGAAGUAAAAUGGUUGGGAGCUGACAUUUCACUAGAUAUGGAUUACGGACAAAGACAAACAUUACUACCAACUGUGAAAAAAGUUCAAGGAUUAUAUGCUGGAAUAGUUGUAAUUGGAAGUCCUGAUAAAUCUAUUGGAAACAUUCAAGAAUAUGAUUCACUCGAUGGAUGCAUUCAAGAUGUCCGUAUCGGAACGCAACAAUCUAUUAUUGAUAGACCGACUAGAAAAGAAAAUGUUCAAAAAGGAUGUCCUUCUCAUGCUGAAUGCUCUGAUAACUGCCCAAUUCAUUCUGAAUGUGUUUUAUCAUGGGAUGAAGCUCAUUGUGAAUGUAAUUCUGGAUAUGUGGGAACAGAUUGCGUGCCAAUAUGCACAGUUGGACCUUGUGCUGAUGCUGGAAUAUGUCGUGUUGAAAACAACUUAAAGAAAGGUUACUUUUGUGAAUGUAAUAGUACAAUUUAUUCUGGAGAAUACUGUGAAAUUCAAGAGCAAAAACCAUGCCCAGGAGGAUGGUGGGGUGAGAAAAGUUGUGGACCAUGUAAAUGUGAUGUUAAGCGUGGUUAUCAUCCUGAUUGUGACAAACAAAAUGGUCAAUGCCGUUGUCGCGAUAAUCAUUAUCAACCUCUCAAUGAAACAGCAUGCAUUCCAUGUGAUUGUUAUUAUGAAGGCUCUAUUAGUGGCUCAUGCAAUAAACUCACAGGACAAUGUGAAUGUCGUGAAGGUGUUAUUGGACGUCGAUGUGAUUCAUGUUCAAAUUCAUAUGCAGAAGUUACACCCCAUGGCUGUGAAGUAGUUUACGAUGGAUGUCCAAAAUCAUUUUCUGCUGGUGUAUGGUGGCCUAGAACAUCGUUUGGUCAGUCAGCAAUAGAAAAUUGUCCACCCAAAUCUCGUGGUAAAGGCAUUCGAACAUGUGAUGAAACCUCCGGUGGUUGGGGUAAUGCAAACAUGUUUAACUGUACAUCUGAUCUUUUUUGGGAUUUGAGACGGCAAUUGUCAUCAAUGGAGCAGGGUGAAUUGCAAUUAAAUACAUUUGUGUCAGUAAAAAUGGCUACAGAUCUGCAGCAUGCAACUUCCACAAUCGGCGGUAGUAAAAAUAAAAAGGUAAUCGAUGAUAAAUUCAAGAAAUUCUCACUAGAGAAUUCUUUUAUGUCACGCAACAGAAUUAGAAGUAAUGAAAUAGACAUAGAUACUUAUAUUGACACUGAAAAUUUGUUGAAACAUGAACAUCUGUAUGGAGCUGAUCUUUUAGUAACUGAAGGAAUUCUCCAUGAACUUAUUGGAUAUGAAAUCAUGCAAAGCGGACUUGAUUUAAGUCAUAGCCAAGAUAAAGAUUAUAUCAGAAAUUUGGUAGAGGCAGCAAGUAUAAUUUUGGAUGCAAAAUAUUCAAACGAAUGGAAACGAUUAAAAGAAUUGACAACACGUGGACCAAACGACCUUAUUGAUGCAUUCAAUAAGUAUCUUGUUGUGUUAGCUAGAUCUCAACACGACACAUAUACAACACCAUUUGAAAUAGUUCAUAAUAAUAUGGCACUGGGGCUUGAUAUUGUUACAGCUGAGUCAUUAUUUGGCUACGAGCCACCAUUAAUAAAUAAGAAUCGUAACGGAAAGGCCAAUCAGUAUACAACAGAAAGUGUCAUAAUUCCUGACACAAGUGCUUUCUUACAACAUUCAUCUAAGCAACGUAUCCCGACAAUUUCGUUUCCAAAGUAUAAUAAUUAUAUGCAAGACAAAACGAAAUUUGAUAGAUAUUCAAAAGUUUUAGUGCCACUUGACAUGCUUGGCAUUCUUCCACCAGAGAAAGGCGAAGUAUCAUAUGCCAUUAAAAAUUAUCGUGCAAUCAUUGGCUAUACUCAAUAUAAAGAUAUUGGUGAACUAUUUCCGAUGGUCUUUGAUGAUACUGUCACAAGGCGAUAUGGAGUUGAUGUAGAAAUUGCUACAUCCGUUUUAUCACUUACAAUUCUCGUCCCAUCUGUGGGAAAUGAUGAUAAGCAGAUGGAAAGAAUAAAACAAAUAGACCAACAUUCUGAAAAUCGUAUUGAUGAAAAUUUCCCACCCGAAAAUAUCAAAUAUCCUGAUGAUAUCAAAAUAAUUGUACAUGAUAUGACAGACCAUGAUGAUGCCGGUCGAGAAAUGAAAAUUCAUGUCAAUGGUGAUGACAUAUUUAAUCCAAACUUUGAUUCAGCCGAAGAUGUUGUGAUGAGGAAUCAUGAAGACGAAUCUCAAUCAAAAAAACUUACUAAACGUGAUAUAGUAAAUCGUGAUUCUAAUUCCGAUGCUGAAACAAUUGAAGACAAGAUAACUUAUAGAUCACUCGGUUCACCUCAUCUCUCGCAACCGAUUCGCGUUCAAAUGUGGUUAAAUAUUGAAAAGCUGCGAUUUAGUUCUCGCCUCAAUCCACAGUGUGUAAGAUGGCAUACAUUCUACAAUCAAUGGACUAGAAUCGGAUGUCAUACUGAGAUGCCAGAUUAUGAAAAAGUACAAGAAGAUAGAAAUGGAUUGAUACUUAUUAAUUGCACAUGCACUCACGUUUCAAGUUAUGCUGUAUUGAUUGAUGUCAUUGACCCAGAAGAUAUUCCCGAGCCUUCAUUACUUGUGCAAAUUACUUCACUUUCUGCAUUUGUUGUUUCGCUUCCAAUUCUAUUUUGUGUGAUAAUUGCAUUGGCUUUGUUACGUGGCUUGCAGACAAACUCAAAUACAAUUCAUCAGAAUCUUGUUUUCUGUAUUUUUGUUGCUGAACUGCUAUUCUUCGUGGCAUGGCAAGCUCGUAGAAGUCUGGUAGAAAACGAUUUCCCGUGUAAGCUCAUUGCAAUCGGUUUACAUUACGCAUGGCUUGCAGCAUUUGCAUGGACAACAGUCGACUGUAUUCAUCUGUAUAGAAUGUUGACAGAAAUGCGCGAUAUUAAUCAUGGUCCAAUGGGAUUUUACUUUACUGUUGGAUAUGGUGCACCAGCUCUGCUCGUCGGACUCUCGGUAGGCGUUCGUGUACAUGAAUAUGGAAACAACAUGUUUUGCUGGUUAUCAGUCUACGAAUCAGUUAUUUGGUGGCUUGUUGCUCCAAUAGUAUCCAUGUGUAUAGUUAAUUUAAUGGUUCUAUUUAUAUCCGUAAAAGCAGCAUUUACACUUAAAGAUCAUGUUCUUGGAUUUGGAAAUUUGAGAACGCUUUUGUGGCUCUCAGUCGUAUCACUUCCCUUAAUGGGUAUCAUGUGGGUUCUCUCUAUUCUUUCGGCAUCAGAAAGUGUUGAAAUUUACAAUCUUGCAUUAUCAGCAUGUGUUCUUGUUCAUGCAAUUUUCUCAAUAAUUGGAUAUUGCAUAAUCAAUAAACGUGUGAGAGAAAAUCUUCAUAAUACAUUUAUGAGGUGCAUGGGAAAGAAAGUGCCACUUCUUGAUUCUUCUCUGGCUGUAAGUAGCAGUAAUUCUGGAAAUAGAACUCCAGGAUUUAAUGGAACUUAUGAAACAUCAAGAAGAAAUAUUGGAAUUAGUGCAUCGAGUACAACUUCAAGAAGUACAGCAAAAACAAGCUCUAGUCCUUACAGAAGUGAUGGCCAAUUAAGGCAUACUUCAACGUCAACAUCAAAUUACAAUAGCGAUGUCCCAUCAUUUAUGAAGAAUUACGAUGGUAAAAAGAAACGAAAACAUAGAAAAGAUUCAGAUUCUGGAUCUGAAACAGAUGGGCGAAGUAUGGAACUUGCGUCUAGUCAUUCAAGUGACGAUGAUGAAUCAAGAGCUGGUAAAAGCAGCACAACCAAUUCUCAUCAUCGGAGCAAAUGUGUGGUAGCAGUACCGUCAUAUUUACCAAACAUUACUGAGCAUGUAGCAACUACACCACCUGAAUUGCAUGUUGUACAAAGUCCACAACUUUUUCCAAAUUCCAAAGGUUCACUGAAUGGGAGAUGGUCAAGUCAAGCACCUGAAUCAUUCCUUCCAACACCAAAUAUUGGUCGAUGGUCACAAGAGACUGGAUCAGACAAUGAAAUUCAUUCGCAUAAAACAAAUUCGCCAAAUCCUCUACCCAAUCCAGACAUAACUGAUACCUCAUAUUUACAGCAACAUCAAAAUAAAAUGAAUUUACCUCCUUCAAUUCUAGAGAACAUACAUGAAAAUUACAUUCCACCUACAGAUCCAGUUAUUUAUAGUGCUGAACUUUAUAAAAAAGAACAUUAUGAUAAUUAUCAAACUGACUAUCAGACAAAUACUCUUCCAUAUCAUCCAAAUGAUAAAGAAUUUUCUAACAGCUAUACUGUAGGUCAUAUGAGAAUGGCCUAUCCAAAUGACAACGGAUUUUUGUACGAAAAAAGUCGUACUUUAGGAUAUCUAGGAUCAAAAACGUCAUCUCCUUACAUGAGCAAAGAAAGAAUUGAUGGUUACAGUCCACAAUCAUUUUCAACCUUUAAAUCAAAUGGAAACGGAAAUACAAACAUAUAUGGAAACAUGACAAAUACACAAAGUGUUCAGUCAUUAAUUCGAAAUGAUUAUCAAAGACAAUCUGACUAUCAUUCUGACAGAAAUUCUGAAGGUUCCGAUAAGAACAAUCCAUAUAAUUUUCCAUACACCGCCGAAGAAGAUCAUACUGGAAUGAGACAGCACAUGCAAGCACAUUACGUCAAUGAUAUAAAUAAUCCUAGUCCAAUAAACAUGAGUAGAAUGUCAUCUAGACAUGGUUCGAGAUCUGGAUCUCCACCAAUGCCUCAUUUACCUCAUGUUUCACAACUAACGGGAAUCAAUGAUAGUAGCGAAUGGUUAAUGAGCUGGCAGAAGAAGAAUAAACGUCAUAAUGUCUAAUUUUCUAUUUGUUUCUUAAACUUUUUUCAUCACAAUUCUCUUAAUCGUUUGACAUGACAUGAUUAAUUGUCAUGAAAAAUUAAUUUUCUUCUUCAUAAAAUCUUCAGCUCCAAGGAGGAGUACAGAUGCUGAAACGAGAGUCUAAACAACCAAAGUCCCCAUCACCUGUUCAUAUUUAUUAAAUUAUUGGAUAAGAUAAGAAAAGAUUUAAAAGAUUUUAAUUUUAAAAAAAAAAAUAUCUGCAAAGAUAGAAAAGACGAAAGGCAAAAAUUGACUGAUUUUCAAAUAAAGUCUAGGAAAAAUAGAAUUUAAUUUUAAAUAGCUUAAACUUGAGAAAUAAUGAUUUCCUUUGUACAUUUUAUAAGCCAUAAUACUCAUUUAUUGGAAUUUUUUAAGAGUAAGGAAGAAACUUAUUUUCAGUAACAAAUUUCAAGUCUUGAUUAUAACAGAAGCGGAAAAUAUACUCGCCAUGUACAAAAAUAAAAAAAAAACUUUAAUUUUAAUGAAACUCUCUUUUAAGCAAAGGAAAACUGACCAUUAAAAAAUAUUUGCAUUUACAAUAAUUAUUGAAUGAUUAUAAAAUUGUAACACAUAGAAACUUAAGAAAUGAAAUGAAAAUUUGAUCUCAUUUAAAAGAAAUUUGCAUGAAAAUAUUUGCAUGUAAAUUAAAUUAAGCCUGACAAAGAAGUUAUUUUAGAAUAAUUAAAAUCUAAUGGUAAAAAAAAGAAGAUAAAUUUGAGUGCCUAAAGAAUUUUACUCUCUUGAACAAUUUUUACAAGUUGAGAUAUAAGAAAAAUUGGAUUAAAACAGAGUUGAAAAUGUUGAGAAAAAUUGGAAAUGCUUUGUAAAAAAAAUUUGUUCUUUUGAAAUUUCGAGCUUCUUAGAAAAUUUUUAUUUUGGGAUGAAUUAAGAUUUACAGCAGAAUUUAAACAAAAUUUGGGUCUUUUUUGAAGUCCAAACAGUAAAAUGAUCUAUUUAAUGCUGAUAUUUAUUAAAUUUUGAUAAUUUUAAGCAGUAAAUACAUUUCGUUAUUUUGGUUUGCAAAUUUUUCAGGUAAUCUUUUACGCAGGAUGUUUAAUGCAAUAACAUAUAUCUAUAAAAUAUGUAAAUGUCUAAUGUAUCUCUUAUUUUGUAUCAUAAAAUCCUUAAUUCAAAUAAAAGAAAAUAUAUACCAAU